UCUGUGAACAGUGCGAAACAGAGCAACUAACUGCCAAGAUGAAGUUCCUGUCCGUGUUCGUCGCCGUCCUGGCCGUGGUGUCCGCAGCUGAGGAGCAGCAGGCAGAAAAGAAGCAGGAGAAACGCGGAGCCGUCGGCAUCGGUCUCGGAUAUGCUGCUCCGAGCUUGUCUAUCGGACACGGACCCGCGGUGAGCUACGCUGCUCCCGCCGCCUACGCUGCACCCGCCGCCUACAGCGCCUACGCCGCACCCGCCGCCUACAGCACCUACGCCGCCCCUGCCGCCUACGCCGCCCCCGCGUACACCUCCCACGCUGCCUACGCCGCCCCUGCUGCAUAUGCUGCCCCCGCCGCCUAUGCCGCCCCCGCGGCGUACGCAACUCACGCCUACGCCGCUCCCGCCGCCUACGCCGCGCCCGUCGCCGCUAGGGUCGCCUACUCCGCGCCAGCCUACUCCUACUCUGCCGCCGCCACCCCCGCCUACUCCGUCGCCUCGGCCCCGGUCGCCAAGCUCGCGUACUCAGCGCCCUCCGUGGCAUACGCCGCGCCCGCAUAUGCUAAGUACGCUGCCCCCGCUGUCUCCUACGCCGCCGCCCCCGCUGUCUCCUACGCCGCCAGCCCCGCUGUCUCCUACGCGGCCGCCCCGGCCCUCUCCAUCGGCCACGGUCCCGCUCUCGGCUACGCCGCUGCCCCCCUGGGCCUGGCUGGCCACGGCCUUGGCUACAGCAGCAUCGGCCUGGGACACGGUUUGGGCUACAGCGGCCUGGGCGGAUACGUCCACUAGACUAGGACCCUCCUCCCCUACAUUCUCCCUCCCCCAGCCCAGCACUAACCCCAGCAGCUCCCCAAACAGUGCCAUUGUUGCGCCGUUGCCCACUGUCCACUGCCUACACCAGCCCGAGACAAAGUCGAUGUCGGCUAUCGCAUUUCAUUUCUACUCUAGUCUGUUCUUUCAUUGUCGCCACUCAUUGUGCUCGACGGAGGAGCUCGCCGACAUGAUCACGUGAUUAUUAAUGUUACCAUAUUCCAUGUCAUUUUUCAUCUAUCUUCGUUGCACCACCCCUCAUUUUGUACGAUUGGAUAAGAAAUUAUUUAUUUUAAGAAGACAAUAAAAAAAAACUGAAAAUAGA